AUGUCAAAUGUUAAUGAACGCAAUCCAACUCAAUCCACUUCACUAUUAACUUCUUCAUCUGCUCAACUUCAUUCUCAUUUCAAUCAUCAAUCUAAUUACCGUCAAACUAGACAUAAUAGUAUCAGUAACAGUUUACUACAUCCUUCUAGUAAUCUCAAUCCUACUUAUCAUCUGACUAGCUCUAAUUUAAAUCAAAAUAAGAAUAGACCCAAUCAUCGAUCCAAUUCAGUCUCAUCUGUGUCGACCAAUUCUUCUACUUCUACUUUACCUACUACUCUCAAUCAACACAAUCGAAGAAUGUCACCUUUGACUGAAAAAGCUGGUUUACCUAGUCCUUGCUUUGUUCAUUCUCAUUUAGAUUCCAAUUUCUAUGAUGAAGGAGAACUGACAGAAGGGGAAGAGCAUGAAAGCUUGACUCGUCAACUUGCUCAAACUGCCACUAGUGUAAGAGAGAUGAGUAAAACUCUUGCUCGUGCUAGGAUCAAGGGACAUGUUCAAUCAAUCUUGAUCAUCACUAAAGCUAGAGAUAAUCAUUUGAUCAAACUCACACGAGAAUUAGCGAUCUGGUUAAUGGAUGCCAAACCGUUUAGAUCUGUAUCACCUAAUCAUUCAGAACCUACUCAACUUGAACGAAAACCUUUGGUGGUCUAUGUAGAUUCACAAUUAAAAAGAUCUAAACGAUUUGAUUUAAAUUCGAUUAAAGUUCAAUACCCUCAUUUCUUUAAUCCAUUAAGAUCUCGACAUCCAUUUCGUCAAUUAAGGUAUUGGACAGCUGAGAUGUGUAAUAAAUCACCUGAAUUAUUUGAUUUUGUCAUCACGCUCGGUGGAGAUGGGACUGUUUUAUUUGCAUCAUGGUUAUUUCAAAAAGUAGUACCUCCUAUCAUUCCAUUCGCAUUAGGAUCAUUAGGAUUCUUAACGAAUUUUGAUUAUUCACAUUAUCCUACAGUUUUAACUCAAGCUAUGAGACAUGGAGUUCGAGUGAAUUUAAGAAUGAGAUUCAAAUGUACAGUUUAUAGAGCCAAUGAUCAAAAUCGUAGAGCCAUCAAGAGUGAAAGUUUUGAAGUGCUUAAUGAACUUGUGGUGGAUCGUGGACCUAGUCCUUAUGUUAGCUUAUUAGAAUUAUUUGGUGAUGAUCAUCAUAUGACGACAGUUCAAGCAGAUGGUUUAACAGUCUCCACACCUACUGGUUCAACAGCUUACUCAUUAUCGGCAGGUGGAUCAUUGGUUCAUCCUGAAGUUCCGGCCUUAUUGAUCACACCUAUUUGUCCUCAUACAUUGAGUUUUAGACCGAUGUUGUUACCUGAAAGUAUAGAUUUAAGGAUCUGUGUACCUUAUAGUUCGAGAUCAACUGCUUGGGCUUCUUUUGAUGGUAGAGGUCGAAUUGAAUUAAGACAGGGAGAUCAUAUUAAAGUGACCGCAUCAGCUUAUCCAUUUCCGACGGUUUGUGCUGAUAAUCAAUCUACAGAUUGGUUUCAUGCGAUUUCUAGAACCUUGAAAUGGAAUGAAAGAGAAAGACAAAAAUCAUUU